ACCGUCAGACCGCUCUGAGCUUUAUUAAGUAACAUGAAUGCUUUCGUUUCGUAGGCUCCACCAUAAACCUUAUCUACAAGGGCUCGUCGGUGUUGCUUAUUUGUCACGAUGAAGGUGUUUGUGUACGGAACGCUGAAGAAAGGUCAGCCGAACUCAAAGCUGUUUGACAACACAAAGGACGGUCAUUAUGAGUACCUAGGUGUCGGACUGACCGUUAACCAGUAUCCGCUGGUGAUCGCCUCACGGUUUAAUAUACCGUUCAUGUUGCCUGUGGAGGGUAGAGGCAAUAAAAUCAAGGGCGAGGUGUACGAAGUUGACGAACGAAUGUUGGAAGCUUUGGACGCUCUUGAACGCCACCCUGUUUUCUACCGUCGGGAGAUGAUUCCAGUCACGAGUGAGGAUGGUUCCACCGUAGAUUGUGGCUGUUACAUCUUGUUUGACUUCCGGGAAGAACUGUUGGAACUGCCUUUCUAUGAAUCUUACGACUCCAAAGGAUCCCAUAACUUAGAGUACAUCCAACAUAACAAGAGAGAAACAACCUCUGACAAAGACGAGAAUCAAAAAUUUAUUUCGUCGGUGAAGAAGUAGAAUAAUUUCAAAGUCAAUUGUGAAAAAAUCCUUAACCCAUUAGUCCAGAGCCGACCUUAUCGACGUGAAGUUACUGUAUAUAGAGAGAAACAAUGGCAACUUAACCAAGGAAGUCGGAUAUUUUGCAAUAGCAAUACAAAUACUACGGUCGGACAUGUUUCAAUUAGUCAUAUUCCUUGUACGUAUAUAACGUUUGAGGAAAAUUUCUCAUUUUGUAAAUUAAAUACAAUAUGAAGAAAAAAUGA